GAAGAGAGAAGUAGCCAGAGAUCCGGAAGCUGCUGUCAUCCUGGGCUGAAGCUUACACUUGUCUCAAAGCUGCUGGAGGUGCCAUUGCUUGUGUCAAGUACAGCCCUAGGACAUGGAGUGUCCGCCGCCGCUGGAGUCACAGCAAUGACAAGUGAGUACAGCUGUGGGAAACUGAGAAACGAUUGCUCGAGACCCUCCCUGAAAUGGUACAGCCGAGCUCAGAGCAAGAUGAGAAGACCUAACUUGUUGUUAAAAGACAUCCUCAAGUUUAUAUUGCUUGUGUUUGGAGUAUGGAUCCUUUAUAUCCUCAAGUUAAAUUAUACUACAGAAGAAUGUGACAUGAAAAAAAUGCAUUAUAUGGACCCUGACCGUGUAAAGAGAGCUCAGAAAUAUGCCCAGGAAGUCUUGCAAAAAGAGUGCCGACCCCAGUUUGCGAAGGCAUCGAUGGCACAGUUGUUUGAGCACAGGUUAAACAGUGCACCAGUUGAGGGAUAUUCAGAGCAUGUUGGUAAUAAAACUACUAUAAGGAUGACUUAUCCAGAGGGCGCGCCACUGUCUGACCUUGAAUAUUAUUCCAGUGACUUGUUUGUUGCUGUUUUGUUUAAGAGUGUUGACUUCAACUGGCUUCAAGCAAUGGUAAAAAAUGAAACCCUGCCAUUCUGGGUGCGACUUUUCUUUUGGAAGCAGGUGGCAGAAAAAAUUCCACUGCAGCCAAAACACAUCAGGAUUCUGAAUCCAGUUAUUAUCAAAGAGACUGCCUUUGACAUCCUUCAGUACUCAGAGCCUCAGUCAAGGUUCUGGGGCCAAGACAAGAACAUCCCCACCAUGGGUGUCAUUGCUGUUGUCUUAGCUACACAUCUGUGCGAUGAGGUCAGUUUAGCAGGCUUUGGCUAUGACCUCAGUCAGCCCAAAACACCUUUGCACUACUUCGACAAUCUCUGCAUGGCUGCCAUGAACUUCCAGACCAUGCAUAAUGUGACUACAGAAACGAGGUUCCUCCUCCAGCUUGUCAAAGAGGGCGUGGUGAAGGAUCUCAGUGGAGGCAUCCAUUGUGAAUUUUGAACACAGAAAACAUCACUUGAAAAUGCACCCCCAACUCUGAGGGCUGUUUUUCAUAGCCUUCUUCAUGCAUUUCUUCCUGCAAAUACUUUGAAGUGCAGCUGGUGUUUUUACCGUUUAAUUUAAAAAACAAAAGACAGUUUAACUCUUCCCACUUUUCUCCCCUAUUUAUUUGUGGUCAGUGUUUUGCACAAAACUUUGUAAGUUAAUUCUGAGAAUUGAAUGGGAAAGAACUUUUCACAGAGAAUUGGAUGUACUGAUGUUUUAUUGUAUAUUAAGAAAGUUACUUAGUUUGUAAAAACUGUCCAUUUCUACUGCACACAGAAUACCAGGAAACCAAGUGGAAGGAGAAGGAUGUCACUCCUUUCAGGAGAGCCCUGAAUGUGUAAUUCUGGUUCUCUGUUACUCUGUUUGGUGGGACGGGUAUUGGAUGCACUUGGGGUUGACAGCUCAGGAGCUGAACCACUUCCUGGGCCAUGCUGCCCAUGAGGCCUGGGCUGGUCAGAGAAGCUCACCAUCCCUCUCUGUUGGUCUGUCUUCUUUCAGAAGAUUUGCAAGAAUCAGCCAGGGGAGCUGUCCCGGAGGUCCCUGGUUGGGGAGGGACACAGAAAUACUCUGUGUCUUCUGAGUACUGUGAAGCCUCCCUCAGCUAUAGAACCCACUGUCUCCCCUGCGAUUAUGACAGCUCUUGAAUUUCUUGAGUUUUUUACUGCCCUUCCAAAGCACUUAAAUGUUGAGCUGAGGUGUUCCACUGUCUGUCCGAGGUGGCUUAUAAAAAGCAGGACAAAACCUCUGUUACCCAGAGUCGUAGAAGAACAAACCCUUUCCAAGAAUAAUUGUGUUUUCUGAAACACGGAAAUGAAAUCCUUCCAGUGUUAUAAGUUGCCUAUUUAAAAAGAAUUCUUUUUGAAUGCCUACCUGGCAGUGUGUACCAGCCAGUAUGCUGGUCAAAAAUAAAAAGAAUGAAAGCUUUUGAGGAACUCAAGGUUUAGUUAAUUUGAGUGCUUUUUUUUUUUUUAAAGAAAAGUCCAUAAAUCUACCUAAAAUGGCCUUGGAUGCUGCUAGGUGGAGACCUCACUGUGGAUGCUGGUAGUGAGGGACGGAGAACGAAGGGGGCCUUGCCCUGCAGUGGGCUUCAUCCCAGACAGCUGUGAACUCUUCCUGAGAGAUGCUGGGUGUCUGUGCCGUCCUCACAGACAACAAGAAUGUUCUAGCUUCAGUCUCUUUAAUCGCCAUGGUCUUUGCUGUCAGAAGAUCCACCACCAACUGCUCACCCCACCACCUCUACUCUCCCUCUGCCUUGCAGCUGCUGCCCCCCUUCAAUUCUCAUUUCUUUUAACUGCAGCCCCAGUGCAGUUUGGACUCCCAACCUAUUCUGUGGUCUUGCAUAUGAAGGGCAAGGAGCCAGGUCACAGCAUUCAGAGCUCUGUGAAUCUCCAGGUCUCUGGCAUCAAGCUAAGAGUAGCUGGCAUAGCAAAGUAGUAUUUCUCUGGCUUUAUGUCUUCAAACUUUCUAUGGAUUUUGCAUUCUACUUUAUAAGACAUUGUGUGAGAGAAAAUGCUUUAAAAUUCUCACCAGUUAAAUGACUUCGUUUUGAAAACUGAGACUCGGGAAGAUGCUCUACAGCUGUCCUGUGACAGGUAAGGAAGGCCAGCCUCAUCCUGCAGGGACGACUUAAAGCUUGCAUUCUUUUUUAAAGCCAAGAUUCGAAAUGUCUUCAGAACUUGCCUAGUGUUGUGAGUGCCGCCUCAUGGGUUCAUGUGGACUCAUGCCCCAUGUCCUGCAAGGCUGCUGGAAGCGCGUAGCUCAGGGCUUAGCUCUUGACCAGCUUUCAGUGAAUGUCAGGCCUAGUCCCGUGUAUGUCCUUUCUUGCGUUCUUACAUAGCUCUUCCCAUUACCUCUCAACUUUUGAUUAAUAGCAGCUUGUAAGUGCUCUCAGUGAAUAAAAAUGUGAACUCUUCCAAAGACCUUCUGUGGAGCCCAGCAGCCUACCAGAGCCCAUGGGAGACCAUCCUCAAGAACAGUUAGCCCUUUGGCAGCUGUUUGCUGGAAGUUGCCUCUUGGCUUCAGAGUUGCUCCUCCCUUAACCACCCCCCCGACACACACACAUGCACAUUCGCUUUUCUGGGAACAGUCCUCCAGGGCUACAGGAUGUCCCAAAGCUGGUCUCCAAUAGCAGAGGCUUCACCCUCACUCCCCCAGCUCUGUAGGCACAUGUACAUCCCUUUUAAAUGGUUGAAAUCAUUGCUUUUGAGACAACUCGGGACGACAUAUGCAUGUUCUGUAUUUUAACACACUUCUUACUGGAACUUUGAGCCACAGAAAAUUUUAGUGAGUUCUAGGUGUUCUUUUUUCUCUUCUACAAAGAGCACAUUCUCUUCAGAAACUGGGACUGGGAUAAGUUUGUCCCAAUGACAUGUCUCAUGCUUUUCGGCAAAGUUAAACCGGAACCUUCUAGAUCAGUCAUGUACCCGGGUACACUCCUUGCCUGCUCCACUUCCCUUCUGUGUCACACUGGUUGUUUCAUUUCCCAAGAAUGUACUAACGAGGCAUCAGCAAUGUCUGUCCCCACACAUUUCGGAGGUCUCAUCAUUUGUUGGACCCGUUAAUUAAAACUAACUUGUCAAGCCAACUUGGUGACUAGACAGCUUCUGUUGAACAAUGACCUACCUCAUGGCCAUCAGCGCUCAGUCUGGUAUGUGUUGCCAACAGGAGCUUGGCUGGAAAAGAAUGCAGGGGUCACACCCUAGUCUCCCCAGUUAAUGAAAGUUAAAUUGCCAAGACUGCAAUUUCUUUGGGGAACAUCAAUUCCUCAUUGAUGAAAUUUGAGUGCAUAUGUUUAAUGAAUAGUACGGCUUCCCAGUUUACCUUAGUAUGAUAUUUUGAGAGUUGGCUAUGGGUAAAUUUGGAUAAACAACAUAUUUCGAGAACACAAAUGCAUGCUGUCUAAAAUGACCUUGGAAAGUGGGAAGGAAAAGUUUCAGAAGGUUGGGCCAGGCUGUCUCGACCUCCAGGUAGGCACAGGGAGAGCUGGUUUUGGGUGCGCCCAGGUGGACAGGACCUGCCUCCCCCUGUGACUUGUGCCUGUCUGGGAGCUCUGCAGAAACUGGGUCUGGGAUGAGUUUGUCCCAAUGACAUGUCUCAUGCUUUUCGGCAAAGCUAAACUGGGACUUUAAUUAUUAAAGGUUAUUAAAUGUUUCUAAAACCACUGGCCAUUUUGUUUUAUCUGCAUUCUAACCCCAGCGCUUGAAUCAAAGGGAUUGUUGAGUUUGCCUCGUUACUGUCCCAAGAGAACCUUAUAGGUCAGCAUUGUAGGAAGAUUAAGAAAUAGUGACUUACUCUCCUCCUCGGUAGGUUUACAGCAUCCGAGUGUGGGUUAUUUUUCAUCUUUUCUUCAGGACACUUCGGUUAGGUCCGACAAGAAAGAAGAAAAGGACUAGGUCCUGUGAUGAAGCAGAAUUCCCUUCAGGUGAAAUGGGCUAUUAGGAUGCUUGCCGCGCAUGCUAUGUGACCCUGGGCCUCUCGUUCAUUUACGUGGUAACAAAAUGCUUCCCUCAAACGAAGGGCCCUGUGUUUGCUGCCUCUGGAACCAAUGCCUUCUUCCCAGGCACUGGCUAUCCACAAGGCAUGCCCAGCUGACCACACCCAGCUCCCAGACAGGCACAAGCCACAGGGGGAGGGAGGCCCCGUCCACCUGGGCGCACCCAAAACCAGCUCUCCCUGUGCCUGCCCUGGAGGUUGAGACAGCCUGGCCCAACCUUCCGAAACUUUCCCUUCCCACUUUCCAAGGUCAUUUUAGACAGCAUGCAUUUGUGUUCUCAAAAUAUGUUGUUUGGAUAUAUCCAAAUUUACCCAUAGCUAACUCUCAAAAUACCAUACUGAGGUAAACUGGGAAGCUGUACUAUUCAUUAAACAUAUGCACUCAAAUUUCAUCAAUGAGGAAUUGAUGUUCCCCAAAGAAAUUGCAGUCUUAGCAAUUUAACUUUCGUUGUCAAAAUGAUUAGAUUUGACUAAUUCCCAGUAUUAAAUUUCAAUCCAUUUAGCAAAGAGAAGCAUCCAUAUUAGUGGUGCAGUCAGAGUAAAUAACACACAUGCUAUGAAAUUUAUAAAAAAAAUUUUCCAAGGAACUGUGUCAGUAAACAUGUAGGAAGCAGGACAAGUUUACAAAUUUCUUUCUGUCUGGAAGAAGAGAUUCUGAGUUUAGCGUUACUGUCAGGCUGCCAUCCAAGAUGUGGCGAUGCAGUUCUUAUAGGCUUUGUGUAGCUGGAAAUGUUAACAAAGUGAAUUUUUGGAAAAUGGAAAUAUUAAACAUGAUGCAUGGAUACUCAGAGCAACAAUAGUACUGACUGAUUUUAUGCUAAAAGUUUGUAACUUCUGAAAGAGCAAUGUAUUUCCACUUUAUCCUCUUACCUAGCUUAUGUUUUUUCACUUACUAAAGAAAAUCAGUUCCAAGAAAAACUGAUAUUAAAAACAGUGAGUUCAUUUAAAAUGUUGGUUAGGUGCUUGAUAGGAAAGACCAGUCUAAAUUAUUACCAGACAGUAAUAUGAACAUGACGGAUGGCCAAGGACAGAGUUUGUGCAAAUGAAGGCCAGUUAAGGGCGAUUAGAACAGUAGUCAAACACAAAAGUAGUUUCCCAUCAACUGUUACCCAUAACAUGUCAACAUAUCCUAUCAGGCUGGCUCCUUUGAAUUGGGAAAAAAAUUGACAACCCUAAAGCAGAAAGAAUUGGAGAGUACUUCUGUAACUUAUAAACUCUCUAGUGACAGAAUUUUAUACUUUAUUCCAUCUUCAGCACCUAUAACAAGGCCUUGCAUAGUAGCAUUAAAUAAAUAUGUUUGGGUUUUAUUUGGUAUCUUUGAUGUAACUUAACGGUGAGCAGUUCAUGGUCUAAGAUUGAAUAUCAUGGUGAGCUCUUGGUCUAGAAGCUGGGUGAAGGGUGUCUUUUAUGCUAAGAGGAAUGAAUACAGGUAACUAAUGAACAAGAUACUUUUUCUGUGUAAUUGCCUAGUGAUUUAAAUGAUAUUUUAAAAGAAUAUGCCAAAAACUGAUCAGCAUGUUUAAUGGCUGUAUAGAUAACCACACAUUUUGGAAAACCAAGUUACUGCUAAAAUUUUCAAAAUAGGCGUGUACCUUAUCUCUUCAAAGACCUGCUGUGUUGUUGUGAUUUAUAAUAAGAAUAUAUAUUUGGUCUUCAUCCCUGUUUCUGGCACAGAGCUCCCCAAACCCUUAGAAUUUCCUAUGUGUUGAGAAUGAUAAAGGUGUCUUUUGUCAGGUUAAUGAGGUGGCUCUUGGAAAGUACCUAAGGAUGGGGGCUACUUGCCAUUGGAGCCAACCAUGUGAUUAGAAGGUUGGACCUUUCUGUCCCACCACCACCUCAUGGGAGGGGAGAGUGGGUGGAGGUUGAAUCAAUCCCCAGUGUUCAAUAAUUUUAUCAACCAUGCCUUGUAAUGAAGCCUCUAUAAAAACCCCACAGGACAGGAUUCAGACAGCUUCCUGGUUGGUGAACACUUGGAGCCCGAGGGAGAGUGGAGCCCCUGGAAAGGGUGUGGAAGCCCCGAGUCCUUCCUCACGCUCUGCCCUGUUCAUCUCUUCUAUCUGGGUGUUAUAAAUUCUAUCCUUUUAUAAUAAACCAGUAAUCUCAUAA